GCUCCAACUGUGAAAAAGAAAUAGAAGAAGAAAUUCCAAGUAACGCUUAGUAAAAGGAAUUUGAAUUCAGCAACUUUCUAAUCAUGCUGUUUGGCAGAGUGGAAGCAGCAAUCAUUCCCCCAACAAUCACCCUCUGCUCUGCUUCUUCAUUACUCUCCCUCUCUGAUCUCUGUCCCUUUAAUCAUAUCUUCUUUCGUUCUCUUUUUCUUUGAAAAAAGUUGUAAAAAUUAUUUAUUGCUUUUUUUUGUUCGUCUUCCUGCUUCUCUCCUGAAUCCUGAUUCAAAGUCGAAGCAACAAAUUUGGCAGGGCGAGUGCCCAUUGCCCAAAAUGCAGGCUCAUGCCUUCGCCUUCGUCUUCUCUGCUGUCUCUCUCCUGUACUCGUUGUCUGCUUCCGCUGCUGCUCUGCUCCCCAAUGACACGGAUGCGCUCCUUCAGUUCCGCUCUCAGACCGACGCGCAUGGCAUCCUCCUCGCCAACUGGACCACCGGCAACGCCUGCUCCGCCUCCUGGCGAGGCGUUCGAUGCAUCCACGGCAGGGUCACUGCACUCAUUCUCCCUUCUCUAGACCUGCGUGGCCCUGUUGAUUCCCUGGCUCGUCUCGACCAGCUCCGCCUCCUUGACCUCCAUGGCAACCGGCUCAACGGUACCCUUCUCCCCCUCACUAGAUGCUCCAAUCUCAAGCUCCUCUACCUCGCCGGAAACGACUUCUCCGGCGAGGUCCCAGCCGACAUCGGCUCCCUCAAGCGUCUCCUCCGGCUAGACCUCUCUGACAACAAUCUCCGAGGUCCCAUCCCCAGGCAGAUCCUCAACUUAACUCGUCUCCUCACGAUUCGGCUACAGAAUAAUGUGCUUGCUGGGCAGCUUCCUGAUCUCUCCGCGGCGCUGCCGGAGCUCAGAGAGCUAAACUUAACUAACAACGAGUUCUACGGGAGGGUACCAUUCGGUCUGCUGAAGAAAUUCGGAUCGCGAAGCGUCGCAGGAAAUGAAGGACUGUGCGGGCCGAACCCGUUACCGGUUUGUUCGUUCCUGGAUGCCCCUCCGGCAGCUGCGUCAGCGCAGACCGUGGUGCAGUCGAACCCCAGCUCAUUGCCUACUAGUACUGUUGCAGGGCCGGCGGGGAAGGAAGAGGAGUCCCGGAAGGGACUUAGUACCGGCUCCAUCGUCGCCAUUGUGGUUGCGAAUUCUGUGGUUUUACUGGUGAUCGCGUCGUUUGCCGUUGCUUACUACUGUGGAAGAAAUUCAGGAGACAAUGGUUCCAGCUCCAGUUCAAAAGGCAGGAGAAGAAGCAGCAGUAAUUCAGGCGACAAGAAGAUGUAUCUAAAUGAUGUGCGUGGUCGUGGAGGAGACAGCGAUAGUACCACCACGACAAACCGGAGCAAGCUUGUGUUCUUCGAUAGGAGGAAGCAGUUCGAGCUGGAGGACCUGCUCCGGGCAUCGGCGGAGAUGCUGGGAAAAGGAAGUCUGGGAACAGUCUACAAGGCGGUGCUGGAAGAUGGGUGCACGGUUGCGGUGAAGAGGCUCAAGGACGCGAACCCGUGUGCAAGGAAGGAAUUCGAACAAUAUAUGGAUUUGGUUGGGAAGCUCAGACAUCCUAACCUGGUUCAUCUCAGAGCUUAUUACUAUGCCAAGGAGGAGAAGCUCCUCGUCUACGAUUACCUCUCCAAUGGAAGCUUGUAUUCUCUUCUCCAUGCGAAUCGAGGACCGGGGAGGAUUCCUUUAGACUGGACGACGAGGAUUAGCUUGGUGUUAGGAGCUGCUCGUGGGCUUGCUCGUAUUCACGAGGAGUACAGUGGGUUGAAGAUACCGCACGGGAAUGUGAAGUCAUCGAACGUGCUCCUCGACAAGAAUGGCGUAGCUUGCAUCUCUGAUUUCGGGUUGGCUCUGCUUCUGAGCCCAGUUCACGCCAUGGCAAGAUUGGGAGGGUACAGCGCGCCGGAGCAGGGGGAGACGAAGAGGCUGUCUCAGAAGGCAGACGUGUAUAGUUUUGGGGUUUUGCUGCUGGAGGUGUUGACGGGGAGGCUACCGCUGCAGUAUCGCUCCCCAAUUCGAGCGCGGGGGGCGGAGGAGGAGCAGGGAGUGGAUCUUCCCAAGUGGGUAAGGUCGGUGGUGAGGGACGAGUGGACAGCGGAGGUGUUCGACCCGGAGCUUCUGAGGUACAAGAACAUAGAGGAGGAGAUGAUGGCGAUGCUGCACGUAGGGUUGGCAUGCGUGGCGGAGAAGGCGGAGAAGAGGCCGACGAUGUCGGAGGUGGCGAAGAUGAUCGAGGACAUCAGGGUGGAGCAAUCCCCUUCCCCCUUGGGUGAGGACCUGGACGAGUCACGCUACUCGCUCUCGCCCUCCGUCGCCACAACCGAAGACAACCUCGCCAGUUACUGAUAAUCCAUUCCAUUGGUGCAUGCAUGCAGUGUUUUUAUUUUAGUUAGUGAUCGCUUAUAUUGUGUUGGUGUUAUUUAUUCAUUUUGUUCAAUCUUCUUCUUCUUCUUCAGUUCUUUUUUAAUCGGCAGUAUCUCAUUGCAAAAUGUAGCUACUAGUCUGUCCAGGGUUUUUUUUUUUUUUUUGGGUGGUCAUUUUCUUCCUUUGGUUUUGUUCUGAGUGGAAUGUGACUCCUGUUACACAUAUCAUAUAUGGUAAAGAUUUUGGUGGACAGAGAGAAGAGAAGCCCCAUUCCUGUGAUCCUGUCUGUGGAAAUUCAAUAUGGAUGGCAGUGGUUUCAACUCAAUUGGGUUGAA